CAGUUUCCGCCRAUCCAGUUGCAGUGGAUUGCAUUGAAGCGCACAUCUUCGAUUAGCGACAGAGAGAAACACGAGAUCCGCAAUGAGCACAAUCCCCGUCAGUGGCGAAAAGACCGUUUCCGACGAUCCUGCCCCUGRAUUCCCGCAACCCAAGCGCGUGCAGCACGAUGUCACCCAGAACGAUGCCGCCCAGCACCACAGCUCGAAGGUGAACGGAUUGGGAAUGUGGUCGGCAUGGGAGCGAAACUUCUCUAACAAACUCAAGGCCUGUUUGGAUCUGGUAGACAACGCCGUGGACGCAGCGCUCUGGGACUCGGACGACGAAGACGACGAAGAAGAGGGCGACAAUAGCACCGGAGAACGCCCCGAAAAGGCGCUGACGCAAAUGGAGAAAUGGAAAAGACAAUCGGGGAGGAUCAGUAUCUCGACGGAAAGCCAUAGGCUCGCAAUGUACAACUAUCACGACAGUAGCAACGGCGAUGACGAUGACGACGAAAACGGCAAUGGCAGCAACGCAACCGAAAACCCAAACAGCRGAGAAAAACCUAGUGCCGCCAAGUCUCCACCGCUCAUUCUUCACGACAUACUGGGAAAUGGCGGCGUGGGAAGACGAGAGACCAGCGCAAACAAAAAUGCCAACGACAAUGGAAACGUCAAAAGUGAGAAUAGUAACAAUWCCGACAACGUCGACUUCGUAUUGAUCGACGACGAGAAUACAAUGUGUUUGCACAAUGACUGCGUUCACCCCGUCAAGGAAUUGCGGAAAAUCCUCGACGUUUACAACUCAGCCAAAAGCGAUUCCGACAUUGGUAAGUCAUCUACUACCAAAAUCAGCUCGUGUGUAUAUUUUUCUUUACAUUUCCAGAAAAUCGAUUAUUCUUUGUGCUUUGUUCACCCGUUUAUCGUCCGAUGUCUGCUUUCAUCCUUCCAUCGAACCACACAGGUGAAAAUGGUGUCGGCGUAAAACAGGCUGCUGCCGCCAUGUCCGACCUCUCCAUGGUAGUCACUUCAAGAAUCGACGAAGAGCCGCUCAUGAUGGACUAUGGCGACAACGACGACGACGACAAUUCCACGCCCCGCAUUCGGAAAUGCCUYAUAAGCAUCGGUAUUUUGUGGAGAAAAUUCCAAACAACCGAAAACUGCGUGAUUCCGAGCUGGACCCUCCCGAUCGAAUUCUAUAUCGACGAGCACAACGAAAGGAAGAAAAWGGAACAAGGCGAUGGCGGUGCCGAAGUAAAAGGGAUAGGCGAUUUUUUGGGGGAAACCUGCAAACCAGUUUUGUUGCGAGAACUAGCGAAUGUCACGGCGAACAACAAGUUGCUUGGGGCAGCAAUGAAGGAAUACGGAGCCGCCGCCCCGAGCAAUCGCAGAAAGUACGGGAUUCAGCGGCUGGCGAAACACAUCGAGCUAAUGAUUUCGACUCCAUCGAAAAAGAACGGGAAGAAACAAGCGAAGCCGCCCCACCCACACCAGUACCUCAUGAUUUUGCACAAAUUCGGAAAGCACAGGAAAAAAGGAACCGAAGAUGGGAGCAAAGACGAACGGAAAUCUCUCAUAAUGAAAUCAAGGGAUGAACUUGAUGACCUCCUAAGGGAUUUAGCGGACGAAAUGCCGAAGACUUAUUUGCACAUUCCACCGGCUCCUUUYUUCCGAGUGAAAGUCAACCAGGAAACCUUGAACUUCCAGUAUUGGGARCGCCACGUACGUACUAUUAUGCUUUGUGUGUCGGCACACUCUUCGAGGAAUUGAUUCCAUUGUUGUUUCGCCGAUCAUGGUGUAUGUUUAUUUCUAUCGAUUGACACCUGCUGUGAAUCGAGCAAUUCAUCUUUUCGAAAUCUAGGGAACGGCAUAGAAGUACGAUCGCUGAUCYAUUGCCUUUCUUGCAAAAACUAAUGGACGACGUUUUGUUGCUGUGUUUUUUUUUGUCUUGGUCUUACCCUGAAUGUCGACCUAAAUGAUACGUAUUCUUAUGUUCUCUACCGAGGAAAGUUGGUGGAAUUGCAUCAGAUUCCUUUGCUCAUCGAUCGAAAGAAUGAUUUUCGAACCGCUGAGGAUUGGCUUAUSCCGSAAAGUGACGAUUGCUACSAGGUCAAAGUGUCUCUUGGCUUCGAUCCGCGUCGCRUCAAUUCGAAAGGAGUCUCAAACUCCUUCAUCGGUGGACAAGCCUGUUCGUUGCUUAUUUUCAGUCGCAUCAGUGGYCGUCUCUUUCUGAAACACGACGAUGCAAGGGGAGUUUUACGUUUGACGAAUUCAGGUACGAAACUGUAUCUCUUUUCUGCUGGCUUAAUUUAUGGCAUACGGAUCCAAUUUUGCGUUGUAUCUUUGCUCAAUAUACAUUUGUACCGCCUCUGAAUUCCAUGCGUUGCAUAGGGACGAACUUUUGUCAGGGCUUGACUGUUAUCGUGGAUGAUUACGAAGGGCAUCUUCCACUGACUCCAACGAAGGAAUCAUUGGCAUUUGGCCUUGAAGACUAUGGCAAAAUCCAUGAGCGGAAUUUGUAUGCUUGGUUGGGUGCCCUGGCAAAUGUUUAUUGGCAGCACUUCUUCUCCAUGUUCAAAACUAAAAGUGCGCUGGGCAAUGCUGUGARGGCACAGAUGCAUCGUGUCGAUGCGCUUGAGCGAGAAAGAUCUAGAAAUCUGCCAACACUCAGAGAUGGAUCGUUUAGUUCUGUUGAAAAAAUAUAUUUUAGUCGAGAGCGAGUGAAAGAUUCAAUUCGCCCCUUCAAGUCGGAUGAUACAAAGUGGACAUCGGGUCCUGAUACUUUAAUCAAGUUAAGGGAGCCGAGAGCUCCUAAACCCAAGAAGAAAGUAAGUCCCAAGAAAAGYACACCGUCGCAAUCCAAUGUACCGGAGGAAGAUGAUUAUGAUUCCGAUGGCAACGACCUGAUGGUGGGGGCGCCCCCUUCGUCGCUUUUCGACAGCGUUGUCAAGCCCGUAGUGAAUGGGGAACCUUUGCGUGAACGGCURGACGGCAGGCCUGUUCGGGCGUCUAUGAAACCUCAACGGUUCGAUGAGAUACUGGAUAAACCAAAGUCCAAAACCCGAAAGAAACGAUUGAAAUCAACAGCAGACGACGACAACAGCGAUGGGAUCCGUUUGAAGAAGAAACUAAAAGAUGUUCGAUCGAAGCUGAAAGCGACACAAUUGGAGUUAAUCGCAUCGAAGACCGUAUGCGACGAUCUACAGAUGCAAUUAGAGGAAAAAGGAGAAGCGAAAAUCAAUGAGAGUGGGGAAAUUCUCAAACUCAAAGGUCAAUUGACUAAAGCAGAAGCAAAGCACCAAGAAGAAUUGGAAGGACUCAAAAGAGAUCAUGCAAACAAGUUARGGGAAAUGAUGGCUCGCAUCAGGGAACUUGAAGGUCAGACCCACGAGUUCACAAUGUAGCUUGGGAUACAUUUCUUCUUCCUUCUUUAAGUUUGUCAAAUCAAAUUAAAUUGUUGCA